GGUAUCCGAGUUGGACGUUUUUCGCCUAGCGCGUAACCGCGGUAGUCUUCCGGGCUCUAAAGUUCAUCAUUAUCAUCCCACAUCCGACUUCGGUGGUGCUGAGUUGUGCUGCGUUGAGGGGGAGUUCCUCGCCCCACCGACUGGAUUCGGGGUUGCCGCCAGCCGCCAGACGUACGCCGUCUUCUCGGGGUAGGGGUUGAUAGACAUUCUUGGAGGAUUUAUCUCGCUGUGUGAUGGUGAUGGCAGGCCGCGCGGUUUCGGAAAUUAAAUGAGUUGAUACACACGCGGCUGGUAUUGGAGUCCAUCUGCUUGUUGUCGUCUUGUGAUUAAUUAAUUACAGUGAUUUCGAAAAUUGGAUCAAAUGUGAUAUCGCAUGCUGUUGUCGACGUCGCGCCGGUUGUGGGUUGGUUUGAUGUGACAUGUUUUCGCUUUUAUGAGUAGUAGAGCGUUAAAUUCCUUACGGGGUUCGUGGAACAUUGUUGCCUCUUGAGUAAACGGGGAAUAUUCUCCGCCUUCGCUUCGCGAGCGAUAAGUAAGUGAGUCUUAAGCGCGGACUAAAGCAGUGGGGGAAGUUUAUGAGUUUGUAGUGAAUAAAGUAUGAACGCAUAGUCGUAAUAAAUAAAGUAAAAGUUUAUCAUGAAAUCUCAGCUAAAGACCUAAAUAUAUAUUUUUUUCACAGAACGAUGUGUGAACAGCACAACAAGGAAACCAUACCGGAAUAAAUCUGAUUAUAUUUUACCAGUAUUAGACACUACAAAUUUGUUCCCAACGGAUUGAAUCACGGUGAUUUGGUGAACUAAAAGCAUCAACAGUCUUAUAACUGGAAAACUAAAAUCGGCAUCGGAGUGCGAAUUCAUAAACGUCAUCGUUAAAGCUGAAAGUGCCAUUUUAUCGUCAUCAUUUUGUGCGUUCCAAUGAAACAAUAGUGCUACGGCGGGUGUCUGGAGAGAAAAAAAACAGAAAUAAUCUGAACUAAGGCUGUUUGCAGAAGCUUUAACUCGUAACGAUAGAAGCCAUUUAUAGAGCCGAGCGAAAAUCAUGCAGCAAUUAGGCGGCCGACGACACGCGGCCCCGAACCGUGGCUGGUUGGUCAAGCUGCUUAUCUUGCUGGCAACCCUCGUGGCUACCGGCAAUGCGAUGGGCUGCCCGCAAAAGUGCUCUUGCCAGCAGCGUACGGUGCGAUGUGUCAAGCAGCAGCUCGAUAAGAUUCCGGAAAUGCCCCUCGAUACCAACAUUGUUGAUCUGCGCUACAACCAUAUCCACGAAGUACCGACGGAUGCGUUCGCCAAUCUGGUGCAUCUGCAUACAAUUUUCCUCAACGAGAACCAGAUUGUACGACUUCAGCCAGGAGCAUUCCGGCGGUUGCCUUCGCUCAAAUAUCUCUACCUCUACAAAAAUCGCAUAUCAUCGAUCGGAGCGAAUGCAUUCGAGGCACUGGAUCGGCUACAGAGCUUAUUUUUACAUUUCAACAACAUUACCACGUUCGAGAGGCAAACCUUCUCCGAGUUACCAGCCCUGGAGCGAUUAUUCCUGUACGGUAACCAAAUCAAACGCAUUCCGGAGGGCGCUUUCGGGGGGCUGCCAUCCCUGAAGCGCUUCCGACUGGACGACAAUCCACUGGAGUGCGACUGCUCGCUGCUGUGGUUCCGCAAGUGGUUACAAGGACUCGGACACAGUACACAGGCCACCGGAGGAUGUGCCGCACCGGAGACGCUGGGCGGAAGAAAUAUUGUCGACCUGACAGAUGACGAUUUCCACUGCACCAAACCGGAGAUUGUGACCGAACCGAAGGACAUCGAGAUAAGCUUCGGUCAGACGGCCGUGUUCAGCUGCAAAGCCAUCGGCGAUCCCCGGCCGGAAAUUGUGUGGAUGCUGAAUACGAACGAGAUCCAGUCGGACGAUACGCGCAUCAACGUCCUGCCGGAUGGGUCCCUGCGGAUUGACGAGGUCGCCGCCACCGAUGCCGGCCACUACGAGUGCAUGGCCAAGAACAACAUGGGCGAGGUGCAGUCCCGCCAGGCGCAGAUGAUUGUCAAUAACGAAGUCGUCGAAACCGAAGCGGAGGCACCGAAAUUCAUCCAGACACCGCCGGCCGAGCUGCACCUGCUCGAGGGCCAACCGCUGGUGCUGCACUGUGUCGUGUCGGGGGCUCCCACGCCGAGCAUUUUGUGGAAGUUCAAUAAUCAAAACAUCCAGAACGGGCGCAUCAAACUGUUCGGAAAUGGGUCGCUGAUUUUGCCGGUGGCUUCCCUCGACGAUGGCGGUGUGUACAGCUGCUACGCCGGAAACGCAAUCGGAAACGUGUCCGUCAACGCCACCGUGCACGUCAAUGCGCCACCGCAGUUCACCCUGGCCCCGGAAAGCAUUACGACCAAAACCGGAGCCCGUGUAACGUUCGAGUGUGAAGCGGACGGAAACCCACUGCCGCACAUCUGGUGGAAGCGCAAUGGCCAACCCCUCAGCGAAACGAACCGGAUCUACCUCAGCGACGACGAUAUCGAGCUCACCAUCGACCACGUCAAGGAGUCCGACUCAGGACGCUACACCUGCGUGGCGGAAAACGAACUGGGAAACGUCGAGGCGACCGCCGAACUGGCCGUGAUAAAUGACGUUGGCCCGCCGAGAUUCCUGUUCGAGCCGUACGACCUGGAAGCCAUCGAGGGAACGACCAUCGAGCUGCCCUGCAAGGCCGAAGACGACGACAUCAUGCAGACUAAAUGGCGCAAAGAUGGUCGCACGAUAACCCAAACGGAUAAGUACCGUUUGUCGGUGGCUGGCAGUUUGUUCAUCUCUAAUCUCACCGAGGCGGAUCAGGGCAGGUACGAGUGUUCCCUGCUGAAUCAGUACGGACGGGCAACGGCCAGCGGACUGCUGACAGUCAAGAAAAAAUUCCAGCUGCUUCCCGGAGACCAAUUCGUGCGCAUUGCUAUUGCCGAAGCAUCCCGCGAAGUCGACCUAGCUAUCAAUCAGACGAUUGCCAAGCUUUUCUCAGUAGCGGGUAACAGAACUCAGCAGCACCACGGGGAUCUGUUCCGUAUCGUGCGCUUCCCAACGGGGCCAGCUCGUGAAUUGGCCCGUGCUGCCGAAGUCUACGAACGAGCUUUGGUCAACAUCCGCAAGCAUGUCAACUCCGGACAGAACUUGUCCACCAACACGACAGACUUCAACUACAACGAUCUACUCUCGCCGGACUAUCUGGAUCUGUUAGCUCAGCUAAGCGGUUGUAUGGCCCAUCGAGUGACACCCAACUGCACGGAUCUCUGCUUCCACGCCAAGUUCCGUACGCUGGAUGGAUCGUGCAACAACUACAAAAAUCCUACUUGGGGAUCUUCGCUCACGGGCUUCCGCCGAUUGCUGCCUCCAAUAUACGAAAAUGGAUUCAAUAUGCCAAUUGGGUGGAACAAAACUCGCCUUUACCAUGGAUUCUCCAAACCCAGCGCUCGUUUGGUUUCAACCAGUCUGAUUGCUACUGAGAUCAUCACACCGGACGAUCGUAUCACACACAUGGUCAUGCAGUGGGGACAGUUUUUGGACCACGACUUGGAUCAUGCAAUUCCAUCGGUUAGUUCAGAGAGUUGGGACGGCGUAGACUGUAAGAAGACUUGUGAGUACGCGGCACCUUGCUAUCCGAUCGAGAUCCCAGAAGGCGAUCCGCGGGUACAUAACAGACGAUGUAUAGACUUUGUCCGAUCGAGUGCCGUUUGUGGAUCUGGAAUGACUUCGAUCUUCUUCGGAACCGUUCAACCACGAGAACAGAUCAACCAACUCACAUCUUACAUAGAUGCGUCACAAGUUUAUGGAUAUUCGGAGAACUUUGCUAGAGAUCUUAGAAAUUUGACCACGGACGACGGCCUGCUGAGAGAGGGCCCGCAUUUCCCUAAUCAGAAGUCGCUGCUGCCAUUUGCGGCGCCUACCGAUGGGAUGGACUGUAGAAGAAACUUGGAAGAAAGUACGGUGAACUGCUUCACUGCCGGAGAUAUCAGAGUUAAUGAACAAGUGGGAUUGAUAACGAUGCAUACCAUUUGGUUUAGAGAACACAAUCGGGUCGCACAAGAAUUCAAGAGAAUCAAUCCACACUGGGAUGGAGAUAAGAUUUAUUUUGAAAGCAGAAAGGUGGUGGGAGCAAUGAUGCAACACAUUACUUAUCAACAGUGGUUGCCUGAGAUUGUCGGCGAGCGUGGAAUGAUUCUGCUCGGUGACUAUAAGGGCUACGAUUCCACGAUUAACCCAUCGAUUACGAAUGAAUUCGCAACGGCGGCCCUCAGGUUUGGACAUUCUUUGAUCAACCCUAUUCUGCACAGGUUAAACGAGUCAUUUGAACCAAUUGAGCAGGGCAACCUGCCACUGCACAAAGCAUUUUUCGCACCAUGGAGAAUAGUUUACGAAGGAGGAGUUGAUCCUUUAUUACGUGGAUUAUUUUCGGUUCCAGCAAAAUUGAAAAAGCCCAACCAAAACUUGAACACGGAUUUGACGGAGAAGCUUUUCGAAACGGCACAUGCCGUUGCAUUGGAUUUGGCAGCAAUCAAUAUCCAGCGAGCGAGAGAUCACGCCAUUACAGGUUAUAACGACUAUAGAAAGUUUUGUAAUAUGAAAGCUGCAGACAGCUUCGAAGAUUUGAAGUAUGAAAUCACCAGCGAAACAGCGAGAAAUAAGCUCGAGGAACUUUAUGGUCACCCGGAUAAUAUCGACCUGUGGGUUGGAGGAAUUCUAGAAGAUCAACUGCCUGGAGCAAAGAUUGGGCCACUGUUCAUGUGUAUCCUGGUUGAACAGUUCAAAAAACUCCGCGAUGGUGAUCGUUUCUGGUACGAAAACGAUCAAUUCAAACCAGAACAGCUCGCGCAGAUCAAAAAGACCACAUUAGGACGAGUGCUGUGUGAUAAUGGAGAUAACAUAACUCGAGUAACCGAGAACGUAUUUGUGUUACCAAGCAAACAGGGUGGCUACAAGUUCUGUGAGGACAUUCCGCAGAUGGACAUGGAACAUUGGAUCGAUUGCAGUGAUUGCUCUCGGCACCACAAGCGAUACAAUUUAUUGCCUAGACAGCGAAGAUCCAUCCGUUCGAAACGGGACAUUGGAAGCAAACUGGCUAGGCAACCGGAACCGGAGAACCAUUUGGAGGAGGACUUCAUGGACGAUGACAUGAAUGAGGAGCGCAUCGAAGGAUUGGAGUCUAUGAUCGAAACCUUCCAAAAAUCGAUGAAACAGAUGCGAAGGAAAAUACGUCGGCUGGAACAGCAGUGUUCGGCUGCAAUGGCGGCAGCGUCCAACGGUUCGAACCCUACGAAAGGCAAACCACACGGCCACUGUGUGGACAACAAGGGCAUUAAGCGGUUGAACAACGAAAUCUGGAUGCGGGACGACUGCACCAAGUGCGAGUGCGAGCACCAUCAGAUCAGCUGUGAGACGGAAAAGUGCGCCGAGCUGAUCUGCGAGAACGGGCUGGUACUGAUGAAGGAGGACGGCAAGUGCUGCCCAACGUGUGCGGAGGACGACAGUGGUGUUGCGGUAACUCAGAAGGAUAUGCCAUGAAUGUAGCCAAGCUCGGCAGGACGGUGAUAACGAUACAGAAUGCAGGUAGCGUUUAGGGUUCUAGAUUUCAAGUUAGAUAUUGACACUUGUAGCGUUGGGUGGAGAUUCUUCACCGAAACAAAGAUAGUUUAAAGGUAAAAUUACGGCAGUAAGGGUUUUUCGGUGACUUUACUUUCCUACUAUUCACAAACGUUGUGCCAAAUAAAGUUAGUAUUUUAGGAAGAAAAAAAGUUUGGGUUAUGUAUUGUUUACUGUUUAGUUUCUCUUAAUACAUACAUAUAUCAA